UCUGCCCCUCUUUUCUCCUUCAACACACACAAAUUCAUCAUUAUGGGUUUCUUCGAUCUCAACAUACCCUACUAUGAAUCCGAUAGAAACAUCGUUACAGAUAAAAAAACCCUAAAGACCAUACGUCUCAAGCUCAUAAUCAAGGCUAUGGAAUUGGGUUACACAGGAAUCGCAUACAAUCUUACUUUCAGAGGUGUAAUGUCGGAAUCGGAUCGUUGUUGUAUCCCUUUAUUCCCUCUUUCUUCUGUUUUGAAACUUGCACCUUCACUUUCCUCAGCUGUAGAGUUCCACAGAAAGCUCUUAAAUGUACCCGUUUCUGCCCCUUUUCGGCAGUAUACGCGUUUGACGGUGGUAGUUGAUAGUUCGUCUCAGGCUUCAGCUCUUAAUUUUGGAAAUCCUAUUCUGAAAAGCUAUGAUAUUGUUGCCGUGAGACCCCUCAAUCAGCAGGCGUUUGAACAGGCUUGCCAGGUUUCUGAGGUGGACAUAAUUGCUAUUGAUUUCUCGGAUAAGUUGCCAUUUAGGUUGAAGCAAUCUAUGGUUAAAGCUGCAAUUCAGCGUGGAGUAUAUUUUGAGAUUACUUACUCAAGUCUUAUUUUGGAUGCCCAAAUGAGAAGGCAAACUAUAUCUAAUGCUAAGUUGCUGGUGGAUUGGACUCGAGGAAAGAAUCUUCUUUUCUCCAGUGCUGCUCCUUCUGUUACCGAACUUAGAGGGCCUUGUGAUGUAGCUAAUUUGGCAUCUUUGCUCGGUCUCCAACUGGAACGUGCUAAAGCAGCGCUUUCCAAAAAUUGUAGAGCUGUUAUAACUAAUGCUUUAAGGAAAAAAUGUUACCACAAGGAGGCAAUUAAGGUUGAACCAAUAACAUCGGGCAUCAAGGAACCUGAAUUUGAUGAUUGGCUCAACAAAUGGGAUCCUAUCUCUAGUGGUGAGGGUGAUUUGCUGUUAGACGACAUUAAGAAAUCUUUUUCUGUCUCCAGAAAUGUACCAAAAGAAGUGAAGCCCAUCGACUUUAGUUCGACUGUGAAUAACCUUCCUGCACAUGGGCUCCAGAUUAAAGAUUUGAUAUCUUCAACAGUGUUGGGGCAGGUUCCUGUGGAUGCUAUUGCUGAAUUAGCAGGUGUUCAGGUGGAUGAGAUGACUCUUCCAAGUUCUGGGAUAUCACAACAACCAGGUGGUGUCAAUUUUCUGCCUGUAGAAUGUUCAAUUCUAGAAGAUGAUACGGAUAAAAACCAACAGGGUUCUGGUUCUGAAAAAGUUGGGGUGCCAUGUUUGUCCAUUGCUCCUCUAAAUGAUGCUGCUAAUUUGGAUAAAGAAGAGGAAAACGGUAGGAUUGAUAAUGAGGAUAUACAAUUUACAAUGAAGUUAGAUAUAAAAGAUACAUCUGGGACCAAAAUGCAUGAUUUGCAAACAGAAACUAGUCCAGUUAGUUGUGAAGGGAAUGCUGUCUUGCUAGAUGGUGUGACAAUCCACACCUGCAGAAGAGAUAUGGAAGUCAGAGAAAAUAGUAUGAUUGACAAUGAGGAAAUGAAAAUUACAGGUAAGUUACACGUGCAGGAUACUUCUUCUGAGAACAUAAUACAUGAUUUUCAACUUGGAACUUAUUCAGCUAGUAGUGAUGGUGCCUUGCCAGAGAGUGCAGCAAACUAUACUUGCAGAACAGAUUCUGAAGUCACUCUUUCUGCUAGUUCUUCCUUUGCGGAUGCUACACUUUCAAAGGAUGAGACUUUCACUGGUUCAAAUGUUCAGCAGCUUGGGAUCUCAGGUAGCUUCCACACAGAGUCCCAUGAUCAAAAUGGUGCAGAUGGUGUAGCCUUGAUUGAGGCACGAGUUAACAAUCCAACUGUGAAAGAACAAUUUAGGGAGAUGAGGUAUCAUUCUACUACCUUACCUGCUGGAUCAUUCAACAGUGAGCAUAGCAAUCCAAUGGAAGUGGAUAAUGAUUAUUUAGUUGCUGAGAAGGUGCCAAGCAAAGAUGUAACAGAGGGUGAACUGAACCACACUGGUGAUAGUGCUGGACUAAGUCAUCAGAUCCUGGGUGGAUCUUUGUCAGGGAAUAUGAAACGUAGGACAUCUUAUCGGCCUUCUUUGUUUCCUUUCAAACGCUUGUUGACUCGUAGGCCUUCCACUUUCAGAGGCUGAAUCAGCUUACGACUUCGUGAGUUGUAGUGCCUCUUCUCGUAUUCUCUCAAUCUGGAAAGAUAGCUUUGGCUGGUUAAUGCAGACAGGACGAAACAUUAGGGACAGAGAAGUAAUUUUCAGCACAUGUAAAUA